AUGAAUUUUACUGGGAAUCUAUUGCCAUGUGAGGAAUCCAGUUCAUUAUGCAACAAAGUGAAUUGUAGCCAAAAGGUCAGAGCAGGAGGUGAGGCAAUCGGUCCAUUGUUCCAUAGGUAAAUAUGUAUAGUAAUGAGAGUUAAACAAGGCAGAAUUUUUCUAGAAAGAUAUGUCCUGGAGGUUUAGCCUUCAUCUUCUGUAAAGCUUUUUAAUCAAUGCUGCCGUGGCAAAUAUUUGCCAAGCAAUACUUAAAAGUAAGGAUGGUUGGCUUAUUUCACAAUAAGGACUGUAAUGGAAACAGACCACAGAUGAUAGGAACCUGAAAUGAAUCUUCUAUUGUAGUCCAAGGCAAAUGAAACAAUUUGUAUCUUAUUUGUGUUAACAGGAAUGCCAUACUUACUUAUCUUUUGGUGCUGGACCGUUUUAAUACAUACUGUCGUCAUAUUUUUAAAGUGUAUGUCUGAAGAUAGAAAUGUCCUUUCAAAAAAGAGCAAAGAUGGCUGGGAAUCUCAGGAUUCCAACAAAAGCCUGUAGGUAAGUGCAGUAGGACCAGCAUUUAGCCUUCAAGCUCUUUGUGGAUGAAUCAUAUUUACCAGUAGUAAACUCAUCAUUUGUCAUGGGUUCCAUUGGCCUCCCAUAGAUUGGUCACUGUGAGAAAAGGGAUACUGUACUAGAUAGGUGUUUUGUCUGGUCCAACAAGGCUCUUCUUGCCCUUUGAUGCAAAAUACCAGAGCCAGAAUGUCCACUGCCUAUUUCUAUUUCCUGAUGGCAUCCAAAAAAGUAAAAUGGGAAAGCACCCAAAAUCUCUCUCUCAAAUCCCUGCUUCUUCUGAAAUGAAAUUUCUAAUAACGCCCUGGCUCUAGAUAUUUUCCUAAAGACAAUCCCAUGCCCUUUGAGGAGUGGCAGUGGGUUUGAGUCUGUUCAGAACAGAUCUGCAAGUGCCAAACUCUGACCCUGAAACUACCUACCUCUUUGGAUUGACUGUGCUGAUUCCUAGUUGCCAUUCCAGAGACUGCCCAGAACAGACAUUCUAAUCCAUCAUUUGGGAUUCACUGUUGUAAUGUAGGCAGGUUUGGGUUAGCAAUUGUGGAUACCCUUAUGCAUCUGGAAACCAAGUGGCACCCAUCAACAUUAUCUCUGCUCUCUGACCUGACCUGACCAGCACACUGGUAGGGAAGGUCCAGCAGGCGGUUGGUAGAUUACGUGUGCUCAGGGGUCAUCUGCUGGUCAUUCACACAUUUUCUUUCUGUAAAAAACCACGACUGACAUUUUUUGAUAAAAUGGUCUCAACUCCAAAUGCUGCUGUUCGAAUUCUACAGAACUGGUUGAAUGUAAUCUAAAGGUGGAAGGGAGGAGCAGAAUUGAAAUGCAAUGAUUGAUAUUGCUGGUUUAUAUGUGAAACAGUGUCUGAACGGGUGAAGCAGUCCAUGAAACUUCACCAACUAAAGCCCAAUCCAGAUAAAAUGGUGGUCAUGAUCAAGUCUGGGGUUUUGUUCUCAUGGCAAACAACUUAUGCCCCAUAUAUACCGUAUUGGCCUGAACAUAAGCCACACUUUUUUUUUUCCAAAUUCCGACCGUGAAAAGUUAAAAGUGCGGCUUAAAUUCAUGACCUUACAAAUAUUGGCUUUUACAAUAUCACUGCCGAGACAGACAUACGGUAAAACUGAACGGGUGUGAGUGCCUGCUGAUUUUUUUUUUUUUAAAGUUUUAGACAUCUUUAUUGGUUUUUCAAUUAGUUUACAGCCAUCCUUUUUAUACAUGUCAAUAUUCACAAUAAACAAUUGGACACAAUGAACAUUCCAGCAUUUGACAUGUAUGCAUAAACUAAAGAGAAAAUAAAUAUUAUGUUACUUAUCUAUUUAUUUUGUUGUUACUUUGUUUGCACCUGCUGAAUUUUAAGGGAGCAGGUUAUAUUCAGGUAUUGUAUUUUUUUCUCUCCCCCCCCCCCCUUGAAUGAAGGUGCAGCUUAUAUUCAGGUGCUGCUUAUAUUCAGGCCAAUAUGGUACAUAGAGAAUUAUAAUCAGCCAUUGGUGGCAAUUUAUGAGUGUUCUGAUCACCUUUGGGUAUAAUACUGACUUCUCAUGUUGUUCCAUGCUGGAAUCUGGACACUUAACAGAGUUGGAGUAUGUGGGAAACUAUCCACUGGAAACAUUAUUCUGGGUAGGAAUUGACUGUUUUGGAAGCCAUGAUGGAAAUGAUAUUUCCUAUUUCUAUCUCAGGUGUGAUGCCAAUUGUGUGUCAUUUGUUUUCACCGGCAGUGCUUUGAGGCAUUGA